GUCAGGGGAGGGAGUAGAAUGUUCUGUAUUCUAAGAAGCACAAUGGAUUCUUGAGACGCUUUGAUGCCUGACUCUUCCUGGUUCCCGAAGCACCACCUGCUGUGGCCUAUUACAGGACUAGAAGUGAUCCAAUCCCCAUGCAUCCCCCACCUCUGACCAACCCCUGCCCUUACAUUCUCUCAUACUACUGCACUCUAAAAACAAGCUCUAUGCAGUAUUAGUCCAAAUCUCUGUUUAUAUUUUAUUAUCACAUUGAACAAUGUGACCUGGUUCCUCUUAAGAUGCUGAGUUUGUACUCUAAGUAACUACUUCAUUUCAAGGUUUGCACCACAGCUCUCAGUAUGGACUCCCACCCGGGGACUUGUGUGUUGGGUCCACUUCCCAGAGAGUGUAGGCCUAACCAUCAAUGGUUGCAUUGCUGGCACUGACGGGGGUAGAGGCGAAGUAGUGUCACUGUUUCGGUCCCCCUCCCUCCAACCCAGAGGAAUACAGGAAGGAACACAGGAUUUAAGGACAGAGACGUGGUUCAGUAAUCUGGAUGGAUCUGUUCCAGCAGGAGAUGUUCCAUAAAGAUCUAGAGUAAGAACCAGUUGGUUCUCAGGUCUUGAAUUUCCAAACAUAGUCUUUAAAGCAUAUAGGCCCAUGGAAGAGAAAUUGAUUCUCUGUUACUCACACAAAGAAUACCGACUUGGACCUUUACACCUUGGAGAUGUCUGCCACCUGACCUUCCAGCAGCUGUGAUUCUUUUUGUGUUCACUUUCAACUGAUAAAACCCAGAACCUGAUCAGAACAGUGAAACGGGAGGUGUAGGAAGUCUGAGGUGGGCGGUGGUGUGGCAUGGCGGAGCACGGCGAGCUGCUCGGUGAGAUGGCCACGGUUGGGCGUCUGAGUGCCACGGAGCGCCUGAAGCACGCUCAGAAGCGGCGCGCCCAGCAGCUGAAGGGCUGGGCCCAGAUGGACAAGGAUAUGGCCCGUGGCGGGGGCAAGGCCGGACAGAAAGUGGACAAGAACAAGGGGCGCACGCGCAGGGUGGUCUUCCCCAACAACAUCACCCUGCUGGAGGCUGCAGCCCGCAAUGACCUGGAGGAAGUCAGGGAGCUGCUGAACGGUGGAGUCAGUCCAGAUCUGUACAAUGAGGACGGACUCACUGCCCUGCACCAGUGCUGCAUUGAUGACUUUGUGGAGCUGGUACAGUGUCUGUUGGACGCUGGGGCCAGUGUGAACGCCUGUGACAGUGAGCUGUGGACGCCGCUCCACGCGGCUGCCACCUGUGGACACACAGCCCUGGUGCAGCUCCUGGUGCAGUCUGGUGCAGAGAUGCUGGCGGUCAACGCUGAUGGCAACAUGCCCUAUGACCUUUGUGAGGACGAGGCCACGCUGGAGCUGCUAGAGAUGGUCAUGGCAGAGCAGGGUAUAACUCAGGACCGUAUAAACCAGUGUCGUGGGGCUAAGGAGAUGGAGAUGCUGACGGACCUUCGAGCGCUGGUCCAGAGUGGUGCGGACCUGAACGCUCAUGAUGACAAUGGGGCCACACUGCUGCACUUAGCGGCGGCUAACGGCUACCUGUUGGUAGGGGAGCUGUUGUUGGAGCACCAGGCCAAAGUGGAGGAGAAGGACACAGACGGCUGGACACCACUCCAUGCCGCCUCCUGCUGGGGACAGGUCCAGCUGGUGGAGCUACUGGUGGCUCAUGGGGCCAGUCUCAACACCAAGUCCGUUCUGGAAGAGACGCCACUGGAUGUGUGUGCGGAUGAGGAGGUGAGAGCCAAGCUGAUGGAGCUGAAGCACAAACACGAUGCCAUCAUGAAGAGUCGGGACCGACACAAGGGCACCUUGCAGAAACGAGCCUCCAGCACUGGCAGCAGAGGUAAGGUGGUGCGGCGUGUGAGCAUCAAUGAGCGUUCCAGCCUAUACCGGCGGGAGCACCACAAGGAGGCCAUGGUGUGGCAGGAGAGAGGCCGGCAAGCCGAGCCGCAGGACGACGACGAGGACAGACAGACUGACAACGAGCUCCACCAGCAUGUUGCCAUGGCUGCAGGUGCCAUGUCGAGGGGGGAGGAUGACGAGGGAGGGGAGAGGAAGUUCAAUCUGGGGAACGGUGGGAUUCCCCUGGCCCUGUUGGCGUCAGUCCCAGGGGAGCAGUGGAGCGGAGGCCGGAUGGACCGCAGCGCCUCUUACCAGCUGAGCCCUGCCUCGGGCACCGGGGAGGCAGGGGACAGCAUGACCCGGGAGAAAUCCCACCAGACACUAGCGGACCUGAAACGCCAGCGGGCCGCAGCCAAGCUCAACAAGUACCCAGCCCCACCCGCUCCAGAGGAGAUGCCCCCUUCUCCCGCCCCUCUGCAGGAUUUGACCCCGUCCAGAGCCGCCCAGGAGACACACAGCACAGAGGUGGCCUCCCCCAGCACUGUGUACUUCACCCCAGCCAGCGGGGACCCGCCCCUGCUCAAACUACAAGCCCCAGAGGAGGACACCUCCAACAACACCAAGGAGCCCUGCUGUGGACUCAUGUAGGGACAAACACUUCCAAACACCCACUGCCUGACUGGAAAUGAAAGUGGGUGAUGUGUAGCAAUCAAAAAUGAUUCCAAAACGCUACGGUGACUACCAGAUAUACUUUUAAGGAUUCAUUGCAGUUGGAUUUAUUCUAAGUUUAUGAUUUGGUUCCGUUAAGCGCCUACUUCCAUCAAUUACAUGCCAUUGAAUUUUUGGUCUACUCUCCAUUUUGGUCAAAGUGGUUAUACAUUCCAUCUUCUUGCAUCAAUUUAUUUUUAGCCAUCCUUCCUGAAAUGUCUAAAACAAGAUUUAUCUAAUGGAGGGAAUGUAAAACAUUUUUCCAAUAUAUGAGCACUUAACGUUCCUCUGAUAAGGGUGUGGCCAGAGCCAUAGAUUUACAUACAUGGAUAUUGCUCUGCAUAUCUAUGGACCUCGUAUAGAGAGAGACCUUAUGUGCCCACCUGGUGGCUUCUAAGAGAACUACAGAUUCCAGUAUUACUCCAAUAGCACGGAGUACUUUUUUUUGUUUAAUCCCUUCUUUCCAUGUUUGUUUAAGGCAAUUCAAUCAAAAUAGAGUGUUUUCUCAUAUCAAGAAUAUUAUAUAUGAACUGGCCAUCUAACUUAAGUGAAUAAGAUUUGCUCAUUUAAAGCAGAAAGGGGCUAGAGAAGCGUGAAUCAACCAAAGCUGAUUAUUUUACUUUAUUUUUGUCAAGCUGAAAAUCGGACCAAUGAAUGAUAAUUUUCUACUCAUGAUUGACUGAGCAUGAUUUGAGAUAUGCACAGUAAAUGGAUUUAAGAGAAGGAGAGAUUAGGAUCGAGAGUGAUUGUUACAAAAGGGUACAUAAUAAUGGCAUUUGUUGGUGUUAUUUGUUUUCUAUACACACUCACACCAGUCUGUCUGUUGACAGGGUACAGAAGUGGGAGUGUUUGUAGAUGAUGGUUUCUCUUUCUUGUUGGUUUGAAUUUGCAUCAAAUUGACACACGUGUAGACAAGUGCUAUUUCCCUGCCUUUCUACUGAUCAGCAUUCAGCACUGUUCUCAAAAUGGUUUUCUUUGUUCGUAAAUCAACAUACUGUUCCAGUGCACUAAGAACCUACAUUUUCUACGGUGCAAUUUGUAAACAAGGGUUUUGUUUUCUAAAUGAUUGUAAGAGAUUGUCUAAUAUUCAAAUGAAUAUAAAUUGUGUUUUUGUCAUGGUG